GCCAUGUCGCUGCACGGGAAGCGGAAGGAGAUCUACAAGUACGAGGCGCCCUGGACCGUGUACGCCAUGAACUGGAGCGUCCGGCCCGACAAGCGCUUCCGCCUGGCGCUCGGCAGCUUCGUGGAGGAGUACAACAACAAGGUCCAGCUUGUUGGUUUAGAUGAGGAGAGCUCAGAGUUCAUUUGCAGGAACACCUUUGAUCACCCAUAUCCUACUACAAAGCUCAUGUGGAUUCCUGACACCAAGGGAGUCUAUCCAGACCUGUUGGCAACCAGCGGUGAUUACCUGCGUGUGUGGAGAGUGGGUGAAACUGAGACCCGACUGGAGUGCUUGCUGAACAAUAAUAAGAACUCUGAUUUUUGUGCCCCGUUAACGUCGUUUGAUUGGAAUGAAGUGGAUCCUUAUCUUCUAGGUACCUCUAGUAUUGACACAACCUGUACUAUCUGGGGUCUGGAGACUGGGCAGGUAUUGGGAAGAGUAAAUCUGGUAUCGGGCCAUGUCAAGACCCAGCUUAUUGCACAUGACAAAGAGGUGUAUGACAUUGCAUUUAGCCGCGCGGGUGGCGGGAGAGACAUGUUUGCGUCAGUUGGCGCAGAUGGCUCAGUGCGGAUGUUUGACCUUCGUCAUCUGGAGCACAGCACCAUUAUCUAUGAAGAUCCACAGCACCAUCCGUUGCUGCGUCUCUGCUGGAACAAGCAGGAUCCCAACUAUCUUGCAACAAUGGCCAUGGAUGGUAUGGAGGUGGUGAUUCUAGACGUCAGAGUUCCCUGCACACCUGUUGCCAGGUUAAACAACCACAGAGCAUGUGUGAAUGGCAUUGCCUGGGCGCCUCACUCUUCCUGUCAUAUCUGUACGGCAGCGGAUGACCAUCAGGCUCUCAUCUGGGAUAUCCAGCAAAUGCCUCGUGCCAUUGAGGACCCAAUCUUGGCCUACACAGCAGAAGGGGAAAUCAACAAUGUACAAUGGGCAUCGACUCAGCCGGACUGGAUAGCUAUCUGCUACAACAACUGUCUGGAGAUCUUGAGAGUGUAACACUAUUGGUCUGUGGCAAACUGAGGCAGGGCUUUAUAACUUCCCCUCCCCUCUAAAGUAAGAACAAACAUGUUUCAAGUGGCCAGUAUCUUUUGUUGCUUUGCAUCUACUGUUCCAAGAAACUGUUACAGGAGUUAAUGGCAGGUGUUGGCUGUCCCUACAAGACGCAGAAAACGAAGGGACGCACCCAGCCUUUUGGACCUUCUGGGUUUUGAUUUUAAUAUUUUUCUCAAUUAAAAAGUUCUGUAUAUCUGUUUGUUGACUGUGUUAAUGAGCAUUACAGGCUUUAAAUGACUGUUUUAAGUUGCUGCAUAUGUCCAUGUGUUUGUCAGCCAGCUGAAGCAGCACAUCCAAUUAGUUUGAUAGAUGUAAGUGCAAAACUCGGUGGAAAGAAAAGACAUUAAUAUUAACCACUGCCUUUGCAGGAAUUUUUAAUCAUUCCUGUUACUGUCCCUAAACCGUUUGAACGUUUUUAUAUAUUGGAUUAAGUUUCUAUUAAGUAGGCUCUUCACCCCAGUUCUUAUUUUUGACAUGUGAUCCACUUCCAUAAGCCCCAAGCAGGAUCUGUUGAUGAUGAUGAUGGGUCAUAAGCAUCAUUGUAGGCUUCCUAGCAGUAAAACUGUUGCUGUAGCUGUUGCCUUGGCUAUGUGCCCCUGACCAUUUGGUCAGAAUCGCUUGGUGCUGUGAAGUACCAUUACUUGUCGCACAGGUCUUUCAUUUUAACUGAUGCUAGAGGCAGUUGUUACUGUGGUGGGCCUUCAAUUAGAUCAUAACUGAAUUGAGUCUCCCACUGCUGUAUUACUUAACUGAAUGGUGACAAGAUUCACAGAGAAAAGAUACUAGCAUGACUAGAGCUAUUUUUGAAAACAUUUAGUAAAAAAUGCGACUUGUAAUGCAUUUUGGAUAGACACUUCCAGUCAAAUGAUUCCUCUAGAAAGCUUCCUAUCUGAACCAAAAUAAAAUGGUUUCACACCUUCUAGCUUACUUGAUUGGCAACUGUAAUUCUAAGCAAAAUUCUGUAUCUAACCUAUACCUUGGAGUUUCUUUUGCAUUUGGCUCGUCUUCCUGGGAGUUGGAGAAAGUGAAUGAGUGAAGAGCUAGCUUUUGUUCCUAAGAGC